AUGGACUUUAGACGAUUUCUCCCGGAUGUGACAAAUUUUCCUCUCCGCAAGAUCGGCUGUGCUGCGGGGCUGCUCGCUGUCUCUGCAGGUGCGGGUUACUUCGUGUACCGCUACUUUCAGAGACGCAGCACAGCUACCGACCACACUCAGCCAGCUCACGUUAAUCAGCGAUAUCCUUUUCUGCCUCGAAUUAGCCUAAUGCUAGUUACCGUGCUAGCGAACUCGGCCAUAGGAAUACAAAAUACUAAAAUAGAGAGCAGAGAGGAUGAGGAGCUACAGCCUGAGAGAAAGAGCCUGGAGGACUUCAACUUCCUCAGUGUGCUUGGAAAGGGUACAUACGGGAAGGUGAUUUUGUCUGAGCUCAAAGGUACUGAUGAGGUGUAUGCGCUGAAGUUUAUGCAGAAGGACAUGAUCUGGGAAUAUGAAAACAUCAGCUGCACCUUUAUGGAGAGGCGGAUCUUGGCUCUGGCCAGUGAACACCCCUACCUGACCCACCUCUACUGUAGCUUCCAGACCAGAGACUCACUGUGCUUCGCAAUGGAAUUUGUGAAUGGCGGGGAUCUUGCAUUUCACAUUUCCUGUUCAUGUGGAUUUGAUGAACCCCGUACCAGAUUUUAUGCUGCUGAGAUCGCCUGUGCCCUCAUGUUCCUCCACCGCAAUGGGAUUAUUCACAGAGAUCUCAAACCUGGAAACAUCCUCCUAGAUGCCGAUGGCCACUGCAAGCUUGCUGACUUUGGCUUGUGCGCAGAGGGAAUACUAGACGGCAAGACUGUGAACACUUUUUGUGGCACACCCAACUACAUAGCACCAGAGGUGUUACAGUAUUGGGAAUACGACACAUCGGUGGAUUGGUGGGCCCUAGGUGUGAUCAUGUACGAGAUGAUGACAGGCUACGCUCCGUUUCAUGAUCACAACGAGGAGAUGAUGUUUGAGUCCAUCAUCAAUGCUGAACCGGAAUAUCCAUCAGACCUCAGUAGGAAUGCGGUCAACAUCCUCAAAGCGUUCCUGAGGAAGAAGCCCAUGGAUCGUCUCGGCUGUGUGGUGUCCGAGGGCAAGGAGAAUGCCAUCAAAGCUCACCCUUUCUUCAGUGAGAUCAACUGGUCAUGGCUGGAACAGAGGAAGAUCACUCCUCCGUUUCAACCACAGAUUACAUCAAAGAGGGACGUCAAUAAUUUUGAUGGCAGAUUCACCCGUGAGGAGCCCAAGCUUUCUCAUGGGAAUCUCUCCUUCUUCAUCCAGUCCAUCCAAGAGGAGUUUGAUGGCUUCUCAUUUAUUAACCCUAAAUAUUAA